CCAAAAUCCGAUGAACCUCGGCCCUGGUCAAACCAACUUUGGUCAAGGGAAUCAGCAAAUGCGUAAAUCUUUGUUUGCGCCUUACCUACCUCAAGCCUCUAUUCCGCCUCUUUUGGCUGCAGCAAAAUUGGUUAUUGGAGUCCUGCGUGUCAACAAGCGUAACAGAUCCGACGCCUACGUGGCCACCGAUGCCCUGGAUUCAGAUAUCUACAUCUGCGGAUCCAAAGAUCGUAACCGUGCUCUAGAAGGUGACGUGGUCGCGGUCGAGCUGCUCGAUGUUGAUGAAGUUUGGGGUACGAAGAAGGAGAAGGAAGAGAAGAAGCGCAAGAAAGAAGAAAACCAGGCCUUCGACCCUCGUAUUCAACAAAACACUCGACGUGAAGACAAGAAAAGAGAUGAUGUCGAAGUUGAAGGUCAAGGAUUGAUGCUCUUUGAGGAGGAGGAAGUCAAUGAUGAGCAACGUCCAAACUUUGCUGGUCACAUUGUUGCUGUGGUGGAAAGAAUGCCAGGACAGCUCUUCAGUGGGACUCUUGGUUUGCUUCGACCAUCUUCGGCUGCGACCAAAGAGAAGCAAGAAGCUGAACGACGUGAGCGAGAAGGAGUUGAUCUUCGUGGUGGACAACGUGAGGAGCAACGUCCUAAAAUUGUUUGGCACCGACCGACCGAUAAGAGGGUACCUUUGAUCGCCAUCCCGGUCGAUCAAGCUCCAGCCGACUUCUUAGCGGAUCCCAACAAGUAUGCGUCUACUCUUUUUAUCGCGGGAAUCAAGCGCUGGCCUAUUACUUCUCUUCAUCCUUUCGGUACGCUCGUCGAAGAGUUGGGUCCGAUUGGUGACAUUGAAGUGGAAACAAAUGCGCUUCUCAAAGACUGUAACUUUUCCUCUGAAGAGUUUUCGGAAAACGUUGUGAGAUGUCUGCCGCCUGUGCCAUGGACUAUCCCAGAUCGCGAAUACGAAGUUAGACGAGACUUCAGGUCACAAACUGUCUUCACCAUUGACCCCGAGACCGCUAAAGAUCUCGACGACGCCUUACAUGUGACCAAGAAUGAAGAUGGGACGUUUGAUGUCGGUGUGCAUAUAGCCGAUGUCACUCACUUCGUCAAACCAAACACCGCUCUGGACCGCGAGGCUCGUAAGCGGGCUACCACUGUCUAUCUUGUCCAACGUGCUGUGCCGAUGCUUCCACCAUCAUUAUCCGAACAACUCUGCUCGCUAAAUCCCGGUCAAGAUAAACUCACCUUCAGUGUUGUAUUCAAGCUUACCUCUGACGCGAAAAUCAUCGACACCUGGUUUGGCAAAUCAGUCAUCUGUUCAGCUGCUAAGCUGCACUACAGCCAAGCCCAAACUAUGCUUUCUGACCAAAACGCAGCACCUGAACUCAAGAUUGAAAAGAAUGGUGUCCAGGUCGCUCAGAUUUAUGAAUCUGUACGCAUGUUGGGCCAACUCUCUCGUCAGCUUCGCAAAAGAAGAUUCGAGGAGGGUACUUUGAGGAUCGAUAGCAUCAAGUUGAACUUUAAACUCGAUGAAGGCGGCUUGCCAGAUGACUGCCAAAUUUCGAUCAGUACUGAAGCCAACCAGUUAGUCGAAGAAUUCAUGCUAUUGGCCAACAUCGCCGUUGCCAAGAAAGUCGCCGCCGGAUUACCUGAACAAGCCUUCUUGAGACGUCACGAAGCACCAAUCGAUCGUCGUUUAGAAGCUUUUGUGAAGAAGGCCAAGAAGUCGGGAUUCGAUGUCGACACAUCCAGUGCGGGUUCGUUGAUGAAGUCUUUCGAAGCCAUUGAGGUGGUGGGUAGGGCACCGCACUUUGUGAUGCAAUUAUUGGCCACCAAAGCCAUGGUGAAGGCCAAGUAUUUUUGUGCCGGCGCUUUGGAUAUUGCUAAAUGGUCUCAUUAUGCCUUGAACAUUCCUUUGUACACUCAUUUCACAUCCCCUAUCCGGCGCUUUGCUGAUAUCAUGGUCCACCGUCAACUAGAGGCCGUACUCUUGAGUGCCUGUGAUGUCAAGUUCAGCAUGGACCCUGAUACCGUUUCUAAGAGCGCGCAACAUUGCAAUGUGAAACGAUCUGCAGCACGAUUGGCCGAAGAACAAUCUCAGCACCUUUUCCUUUGUCUCUUGAUCGCUGAUUUGACGGCCAAAUAUGGACCGGUGGUGAGAGAGGCGACCGUGCUUGGGGUCUUGAACGAGGCUUUCGAUGUGGCUGUACCUGACUUCGCGAUUGAGAAGAGAGUACAUGUCGAUCAGAUGCCGAUCGAUAAUCAUGUCCACGAUGAACAUACCAACACCUUGAAAUUGUAUUGGAAGCAGGGAGUGGAUGUCGUCUCAUAUCUGUCCGAGCACUCCAAUGAUGCUCACAUACAUUCAGUACGACACCACGCCGAACGACAUGCGAAGCUGAUGGAGGCUUCCUCGCAAGCCAUUCAAGCCGAGAGUGCAUUAUUCGAUGAUGACGAUGAUGAUGUAGUGCAACAUCCUCGUGGCUCAGUAUCGGGCCCAGGUGGUAUAAGUGAACGUGAACAGAGGAGCGCUCAAAGGAUGAAAAGUGUCGAAAAGAAAAAAUUGACUUGGGAGGGAGUUGAGAAGAUUGAAGCCGCUCCUGGUGUUACCCAUUGUGUUCAGACUAUCAAAGAAUUGAUGACUGUCCCCGUGAUCGUCACAGCUGACACAUCAAAGAGUCCACCGGUCUUGAAAAUUUUCGCUGUCAAUCCCUUUGCUUGAGAGUUAUUAACCUAAAGGGGAGUCAAAACAUGUACGAGGAGAAUCACAGCAGUUUCCAGUUUGUUUCAGCAUAUUGUGCUUUGUUAUUUCAAUUCAUUUCUCUCUAUCAAAACAUGAAUGACCGUUUAUUUUGUUUCUCGACCCAAGAUAAGGAACGUAUUUUGAUUUGGUGGAAUGGGUUUCUAUUUUUUUAAAAAAUGAUGAAAUUGUUUUCUUUUUCAUAUAAAAAGUUGAAGAUGAAAGGACCUUUAUGCCCAUCCUUUGUAAUUAGAUUGUGGUAUGACAUCAAAAAUCAUGACAAUAUCACCGAACCAUUUCGUAU